AUGUCGAGCUCUCUCCCGGGUAGUCGAGAGCUGCCAGCCUCUAAAUAUGAUCUCAGCACAUACUGGGGAAGAGUUUGGCAUUCAGCAAAUAUUUCAGAUCCUAGGACAUUGCUAGUUAACCAGGCGGGGUUGGAACAUGCAAAGACCUUGAUCGCAGGAUAUAAGCAAGGAAAGAUCGGGGAGAUGAAUGUGGAGUUAUGGAAGGCGAAGAAGAUCGUUGAUUCUACAUUACAUCCUGAUACCGGCGAACCAGUCUUGCUACCAUUCCGGAUGUCAUCCUUUGUGCUUUCGAACUUGGUUGUCACGGCAGGAAUGCUUACACCCGGUCUGGGGACGACUGGAACUCUCCUCUGGCAAAUAACAAAUCAGUCCCUAAACGUUGCAAUCAACAACGCCAAUGCCAACAAAUCGAUCCCAUUAUCUACCUCCAAAAUUACUCAAUCCUACUUCCUUGCUGUCGGUGCUUCCUGCGCCGUUGCCCUCGGUCUUAAUGCACUCGUGCCUCGAUUAAAACGAGUUAGUCCAGCUACAAAAACGAUUCUUACAAGACUGGUACCAUUUGCUGCUGUGGCGAGCGCCGGAGCCCUCAACGUGUUCUUAAUGCGCGGAGAGGAGAUCAGACGGGGUAUCGAUGUCUACCCUGUCCUCUCAGAGUCCGACAAGGCCAAGCUCGCAGAUGAGGGGAAAUCAGAAUCGUCCGUAGCUUCUCUGGGCAAGAGCAAGAAAGCCGCUACACUUGCUGUUUCUGAAACUGCUCUGAGCCGAGUCCUGAACAGCUCUCCCAUCAUGGUCAUCCCGCCUUUGAUACUUGUCCGCCUACAAAAGCAAGAAUGGCUCAAGAGAAAUCCAAGACUUACUUUACCUGUUAAUCUUGUCUUGAUCCUUGGUACAAGUCUCUUUGCAUUACCAUUGGCCCUUGCAGCGUUCCCUCAGAGGCAAAGUGUGGAUGCGAAAAGUUUGGAGAAAGAAUUUUGGGAUCAAGGUGGAGAGGGUGGCAAAGUUGUCUUUAACAGAGGUAUUUGA